AUGUCCAACGUCAACAUCCAGACCACCAUCUCCCCGUACACCCAGCAGCCGGUAUGCACAAGGCCGCUCCUGUCCGAAAAGCAGCUCGAUACGGUCAUUGCCGAGGCUGUCAAGGCGCAGAAGAGCUGGAAGAAGGUGCCGCUCGAAGAUAGGAUCGCUAUUGCUGAGAAGUGGCUGGUCGAGUAUGAGAAGAUUGGGGAUCUUAUUGCUGAGGAUAUCUCGACCCAAAUGGGACGGCCCAUCGGCAGCUCCAAAGGCGAGGUCAACGGGACGCUAUACCGUGCCAGACAUCUCAUCAAGGUGGCCAAGGAGUGUCUUGCGCCUAUCCCGCAGACCGAGUCCAGCUCGGACGCUAUGAAGUUGACCCUUAUCAAGCAGCCUCUCGGUGUCGUUGCCGUUCUGACACCCUGGAACUUCCCCCACAUGUGCACCGUCAACUCUGUCAUCCCCGCCAUUCUCUCAGGCAACGCCGUCCUCCUCAAGCCCGCGCCGCAAACCCCUUCCUCGGCCGAACGGUUCCUCGAAACCUUCACAUCCGCCGGUCUGCCCGACAAGGUUCUUCAAGUCCUGCAUCUCACACAGGACCUCACCCUUUCCCACCUCGCCACCGACACCCGGAUUGACUUUAUCAACUUUACCGGGUCCGUAGCGGGCGGGCGGGCCGUCGCGCGCGCCGCAGCGGGCGGGGACGGCUUCAAGGGCGUCGGGCUGGAACUGGGCGGCAAGGACCCAGCGUACGUCCGUGAGGAUGCGGAUGUGGGGUACAGCGCCGAGAACCUCGUGGACGGGGCCAUGUUCAAUUCGGGGCAGAGUUGUUGUUCCAUCGAGAGGAUAUAUUGCCAUGCGGCGAUAUAUGAUGAGUUUGUCAAGAAGUUUGCAGAGAUUGCGGGGGGCUACAAGCUGGGCGAUCCGAGUAGGAAGGAAACGACGUUGGGGCCGGUGGUUAGUGUGGCGAGUGCGGCGAGGAUAAGGAAGCAGAUCAAGGAUGCGGUAUCGGCUGGUGCAAAGGCAGUCGUGGACGAGUCAGCUUUCCCCGAGGCGAAAGAGGGGACUGCGCUGGUGGGACCGACUGUUCUCGUUAACGUUGACCACAAAAUGGAGGUCAUGAUGGAAGAGACCUUCGGCCCGGUCGUAGGCAUCAUGAAGGUGGAGAGCGACGAGGAGGCUCUGAGCUUGAUGAAUGACUCGCCAUAUGGUCUGACCGCGUCAAUCUGGACAGACCCCAAGAACCCCUCAUCCAUCGCCGCCUUCCAGCAUUUCACCGAGGAGCUCGAGUGCGGAACGGUGUAUAUGAACCGGGCGGACGCGCUGGAACCGUCUUUGCCUUGGUCGGGGUGGAAGGACUCGGGUCGGGGGAUCAGUCUGAGUGCGCUGGGGUAUGAUCAGGUCACAAGGACGAAGGGGGUGAUGAUGCGUAUGGAGCUCUAG